GAAGUUAGGAUAGUCCACAGCAACGAAGUGGAUAAGAAUACUUUUUCUGUCUUCCUCCUCGUCAUACCAAAAGCCUUUUCUGACAUCUCUCUCUCUCUCUCUCUCUCUUUAUAGAAAACAUCAAAAUCCACAAUUUCCUUUCUUGUCCACUAGACACAGACAUACAUAUAGAGACCUUAAUCCCCUCUUAAAAAGUAAAACCCCUUCACUAUAGUAUUAUUUUCAUUUCGUUUCUCCCUUUCUCUUGUUGCUUGGUUAUUCACAUAUGGGUGCUAAUGCAUCUUCCAUUGACACCAAAUCUGAUGAUCAGUUGGCUUUUUUGUCAGUGAAGUCGAACCUUGAUGAUGUACCAGAGGCUUGUAUUGCUCUUGUACUUUCGUAUCUUGAUCCACCUGAGAUUUCCAAGCUGGCACGUGUUAGCAGAGUCUUUCGUGCUGCUGCUUCUGCUGAUUUUAUAUGGCAACCCAAAUUGCCCUCCAAUUACAAGUAUAUUUUUCGAGAAUUGCUUGGACUUAAAGUUGAUGGAUUGGGUUUAAAGGACCUUUACGCUAAGCUUUCUCGUCCUAGGUCCUUUGAUGCUGGCACAAAGGAAGUAUGGAUUGACAAGAACAGUGGAGGGGUUUGCUUGGCUAUUUCAUCUAAAAGAAUGACUAUUACCGGAAUUGAUGAUCGCAGAUAUUGGAAUCACAUUCCCACAAAUGAAUCAAGAUUUCAAACUGUAGCUUAUCUUCAACAAAUCUGGUGGCUUGAAGUCGACGGGGAUCUCGAGUUCAAAUUCCCAGAAGGGACAUAUAGCCUAUUCUUCAGACUUCACCUUGGUAAGGCGACAAAGAGGCACAGUCGUCGUGCCUGUAACUAUGAGCAUGUUCACGGCUGGGACUUGAAACCUGUCCAGUUUCAGUUAACAACACCCGAUGGUUGCCGUGUGACAUCCCGGUGUUAUCUGGACAACAUAGGAACUUGGAUGCAGCACCACGUGGGAGAUUUUGUUGUUAAGGAUGGCACUGUUCCAACAAAGAUCAAAUUUUCAUUGACACAGAUAGAUUGCACACAUACAAAAGGUGGUCUGUGUGUUGAUUCUGUGUUAAUAUGCCCUAGUAGUUUAGCUAAAGAAUUGAGUUAUUGUUGAUUGCUUUACAGCCAAAAAUAUGUUCCAUCUUUUUUCCUGCCCUGCUGGGGCACCGGGGUAGGGGGUUUUGCGUGGGGGGGGGGGGGUGCGUCAUUUGUAUAUAGUUUGUUUUCUCCCCCCAAAAGUGAUUUAAGUUUUUGUAGUAGUUGUAGUAUCUAUUCAGCACCUAGAGGUUCAGUUUUUUUGUUUUUUUUUUGACAUUAGUCCAGGAAGUCGGGUUCAAGCCUUGGAAGUAGCCUCUAGCAGAAAUGUAAGGUAAGGUUGUGUACGAUACACUUUUGUGGUGGGGUUCUUUCCCGGACACCGCACAUAGCGGUAGCUUUAGUGCACCGGACUGUCCUUUUGUUUUUGUUUUAUUAGUCCAGGAAGUGAUGGUAGUCAAUUUUGAGCAUAGAUUAUGAUACUCUCGCUUAUUUGUUCUUUUUGA